GCGGCUGGUGACUCCUGAAAGUCACCGGUAAAUUGACGGAGAGAGAUUCACCGGGGCGGGUCGGUGUUCAAUGAGAUAACGGAACACUACCGGGAGUUAAACGUGAGGUAGAAAUGUUACAGAGCGGCUCGGGUUUUACUGUAGUAUCGAUAAAGUAAAGUCAAAUAAGAACUACCGUGUUGUUUUUUUGUUUUUUUUUACGGCGCUAGCAGACUAGCUAGCAAACGUGCGCAGCGUUACAUCAUUUUUUGUGACUCAGGAGAAAAGCAGCUCUGACAGAAAGAUGGCAACGAACCUCGGUCGAAUAUUCAGGAGCUUCCAGAGCCUCGGUUCGGUUUCAUUCAUGAAGACUCAGCUCGUCCUCCCGCCUGCCAGCAGCUCAUUCAGGACCAGCUCUGUUUGCUCCAUACUGUCGCUGCCGUUGCCUUUUUCCUCCAAGUCGAGGGACUUCAGCCUGCCCAACUCGUCGUGGGGCUCGGAGAUGAAGCGGCUGUACGAACACUACAACGGCCAGUGUGCGGCCGAGUCCGACGGAGGGGAGCAGCAGGAAGGAGUGUGGAGGAGGCUGCCGAGCUACAAUCGCUCUCUCAAGUACGCGACAGGUGGCGUCUACCUCAGCAAGCUCAUCCAGUCAAAAGCUCGUCUCUUCACCCGAAACAUCAGGGAGCAGGGGGCAGCGUUUGAGUACGUUAUCUUCUACAACAAAGAGGAGCAGAGGUGUGUGGGCAUCUUCCAGGCCGGACAUCUACUGGAGGGACCACCAGGCUCUGGCGCGCUGCCUUUUAUUUAGGACAGGGUUUGUGUGACAAGCGGUGCAAGUGCGUUCACUCAUUCAUGGACGUUUUGCCCAAAAACCCCUGGUUGUCUCGUCCUCAGCCCGAUCCCUCUGGGAGGCACCGUGCUCAUCGAGUCCACUCUGGACAGGAAGGAGGGCAGAAAAACGUUCAUUUCCUGCAGAGUGACCUCAGACGACGGCUCCAAGCUGCACACAGAAACAACAGCUCUGUUCGUGUCCUUCAACGUCAGCCAGGUGCUGCUGGGACGGUAACACGAACGACCUGCCGCCGAAUCAAACGCCAAGAAGUGUGUAUGUGUGUGUUUGAGUGUGUGAGCGUUCUGCAGGGAGUGUUCACAAGUUCCACAUGAUUUCAGAGCAACACUCCUCGAAAUAACACACCAGGGACCUCAUGUUCUUACUAACAGCAUCGUCAAGUACCGUUUACUCGACUACCUCGUCUCUCUGUUACUAACAAACAGUCGCAUAUCGAAACCUUAUUUAUUGGGUCAAAUGUUUAAAGGAUUAUUUAUUAAUUGUUAUAACUUUGACAGUAUGGAUGGUUUCAUGUUUUUUUUUUUCUGGGGCCUUGAAGUGAAAUUAUCUUAAAAAAUGUACUGUUCUUAAAUAUUUUGUUUCCUCCGAUAUUUGCUGAAAGUUUGUUGGUUUGUCAACAAAUAAAAAAGGUUUGCAAGGGAACAUAAAAAUACUAUUUUAGUCAUAUUGUAGGUUUGUUUCUUCAAUUAAAGCAAGAUUAUACCUGUAA